CCAUCUCGUUCACAGCGGCACCGAUGCUUUCACCUCCCAAUUUAAUCAGCUCGGCCGACCACCGGCAACCACGAGCCGCCUCCGCGCCUCCCCUCGGCGCACACAGCAGAUCGGCGAGGUCUGAGCGCAUCGUCCUCAACACCGAGUAGACCGGCCGGCCGCGGCGGCCAUCAUCGCUCCUACCAUGGCCAAGGAGCUCCUCGCCUUCCCCGGUGUCGCCGUACCGUACGUGCAGCAGUUUCUUGACAAGAACGAUGGCAUACUGAAGUGAUGCCAAAUUGCCAACUGCCAAGUUUUCUUGUGCUUCUUUUCCAGGUGCCUUAGCUCCGGGAGCACGAUCCAUUCUCGAUGCUAGGCAGUUAGCUUUUUCUCCCCUUUAGCUCCUUUUUGCUUUGUCAGGCAGGGGAGGCAGUUUUGCUUUGCCUCUAUAAGAGACAGUGCGAUUAUUAGGCUGGGCAAGUGUUAAACCGUUGCUGGGAUUUGUUGGAUCUAUCAAAGUUGGUCGGGUGGUAUCUCUUGGGUGAAAUAGUACUACUGCCAGGUACUACUCUAAUUCUUAAUUAUUCAGUGAAUAGAUGAUAUCCUUGUUUUCUUUUUUGCAGCAAAUAGUUGGGAAUUGUGUAUUGCAAAACUAGUGGAUCAUUUGUAAAAACUAUACUUUUUUUUUCAUUUUGUUUUAAUAUAUGGAUGUCAGCCAGUAUAGCUAUACAGCUAGUUUGCCAGGAGCUCAGAUGGAGAGGCGGCUCCUGGAGGCAGCCAUGGUUGGCAGUGCCACAUCAAUGAAGGAGAUGGCUGCACAGGAUCCAAGCCUGCUGCUUGGAACAACUCCUCAAGGGAACACCUGCCUCCACAUCUCCUCCAUCCAUGGCCAUGAGGGAUUUUGCAAGGAUGUGCUGACGCUAAACAAUUCUCUUCUCACUGUCGCAAACAUGGAUGGUGAGACACCACUGCUCACUGCCGUGACAAAUGGACACAUGUCUUUGGCCUCUAUUCUACUUGAAUGCUGCUGCACACUAGGGUUCAGUGAGGCAAUCUUGCAACAAGACAGAAAUGGUUGUAAUGCACUGCACCAUGCCAUUCAUUGUGGUCACAAGGACCUUGCACUGGAAUUGAUAUUAAAAGAGCCUGCCCUAUCAAAAGCUGUGAACAAAUACAGUGAGUCACCAAUGUUCAUCGCGGUAAUGAGAGAUUUUACAGAUGUUUCUGAGAAACUGUUGGGAAUUCCUGGAUCUAGCCAUGUUGGAACAUAUGGCCACAAUGCCUUGCAUGCUACUGUGAGAAAUGGAAAUGCAGUUAUGGCUAAAAAAAUUUUGGAGGGUCGUCCUUGGCUGGGGAAAGAACGAACCAGAGAGAGGAAGACCCCAAUCCUGAUGACGGUAAUUUGGGACAAGAUAGACGUGCUUCGUGUGUUGUUGGAACAUGAUGUGCUUUUAGGGUAUGAAUGCUAUGAUGAUGGUGGUAAUCUGAGCCCUCUUCUUGUUGCUGCUGCAUAUCGAGGUCAUGUUGAUGUUGCUCAAGAGCUUCUUAACCACUGUCCAGAUGCUCCCUAUUGCGACAGAAAUGGUUGGACAUGCCUUCAUGAAGCUGUAAAGGAAGGUCAGACAGAGUUUGUGGAAUUUAUCCUAAGGACACCACAACUUCGUAAGCUCAUCAACAUGCGAAAUAACAAGGACGGACAAACUGCUCUGCAUCAAGCUGUCCGGAUGUGCAAUCCUAAAAUUGUUGCCUCGUUGUUGUCUCAUAAAGACACAGACUUCACACUGAAUGAUCACAAAACUGGCCAGUCAGUAAUUUGGCAAUUAUGUUUGGGUUCAGAGCGUGCCAAGACUUUAAACUGGAAUGAAGUGUCCAUGCUUAUGACUAAAGCUGAUCCUGAAGCUGCAACCACGCUUCACCGUCAGUUCGCAAGGAAACGACUAACUGAUGAAUUAGCAAGGAAUGUUAAGUCACUCACUCAAACAUACACAAGCAACACUUCGCUAGUGGCUAUUCUCAUGGCGACGAUAACCUUUGCCGCAGCCUUCACCCUGCCUGGGGGAUACAGCAACGAUUCUGGAAGCGAGGGACUUCCUGUCAUGGCAAAGAAGUUAGCGUUUCAAGCAUUCUUGAUCUCUGACACCGUAGCAAUGUGCUCCUCGCUUGCCGUCGCAUUCAUAUGCAUCCUAGCAAGGUGGGAGGAUCUUGAAUUCUUGCUUUACUACAGAUCCUUUACGAAGAAGCUUAUGUGGUUUGCAUACAUGGCGACCACUAUAGCGUUUGCAACGGGUUUAUACACCGUGUUGGCCCCACGAAUGCUGUGGUUAGCUGUUGGAAUUUGUUUCCUUUCGGUUUUACUGCCCAUUCUCACUAAGCUGCUAGGUGAGUGGCCUGUCGUGAAGCUCAGAUUUCGUUUGGGUAAGACUUUCAAGACUGAUCUCCUUGAUAUGGUAUGACGUCAUCAAAUUUAUAUUAUUUGUUCUGCUUUCCAACACUACAUAUAAGUUCAUGCAAAAUGUAUGUUGUAAUAUAUACAUUUUAUUUUGGUGAUAUGUCUAGAAGAUAUCAUGGAGAGUUGGAGACGAUUAUACCAGAGACAAUAUUUAUGAGUUACUCCCUCUAUCUCAAAAUAUAAGACAUAAUUAUUUUUUUCA